AGGGAGGGGGUGCUCGAUGCUGCGAAGAAUAAAUAUAUAAAACAUAUCACUAUGAACGCGAUCAGAAGUCCAGCUUUUUCGUAUCUACAAAUUAUUAUCUCGUCGACAAAAAGGAACUAUUACAAAAAAAAAUAACAGAUCCACACAACACAAUGGCACGUUAGCCACGUUAGCUCAACACUGCUAGCCAAACGCUGUUAGCUAAACAAUGUUAGCUUCGUCCGGCAGCAGCAGUUUGGCGCCAAUUCGAGGCUGACAGAAAAACGACCUUAUCAAGACAAGAGACGCGCAUCUCCGCUCGUUCAUUCAGAAGGUAUUUUAGAUGAGAGAAAAUGGAUACAAUCACACAAGAAGAUUACAGUCCAAACACUGAGAGUGAGCUUACUUCACCAUUUCCCCCCAAACGGCCGAGGACAGACUGUACACACAACAACGGUGGCAAAAGCAGUUUUGCAUUUCCGGAACUUGUGACGUUUUGGAAAACCGUCGGCUCCUCAUCAUCGACAAGUACCUGGCAGGAAAAUGCAGGUUUACUACGCGCAGCAGAAGGUGGUGAUAUGGAAGAGCAACUACAAGACGCUCCAUUUAUUGUCAUUCCUAUUGCGAGCUUGACUACGUCACACACUGGAUCGUCUGACGUCAGCUCAAUCUCUGCAGAGAGAUGCUUCAAACUUCUGGUGAGAGAUGAGCAGCCUCCAAUCCCUCCAACCGACAAACUCAGCUCCACCGUGCCAGAUGAUGAAGAUCGGGCUGUAGCAGAGACCUGCACUUCGAAAGAAGGCAACGCUGAUACGUCCAGUCAGCCUGAUAGCAAACUGCUGGGGGAAGCGUGUGAAGACGAGGCGCUUGGAAAUAACAGCGCUGGAGCACUGGUGCAGAAUAGUGCCAGUCAAAUCCAAGCAUUGCAGGUCAGUUCAAGCGACUAUGGGCUCAGAUAUCAGUCUGGUUGCACUUCUGAAAAUGAAAGUAAUCAGGAGUGGCAAGAGCCUGGAUUCACAGAGACUAUCGUAUUCAGCGAGGAAGAUACAGUCUUAUAUCUUUCACUGAUUCUUUCUACUCAAACCCACAACGCUCAGGGAACUUAGCACAGAUUUGUGAAAAUAUUGCUAUAUGUAAGCAGGAAACAGAAGACCAAGUCAAUGAGAAUUGCACGAGCAUGAACUCCCCAUGAACCAGAAGGAUCAAUUGUUUCUUAUGAUGUUGUUUCACUCAGAAACAUUCCAAUUGAGAGGUUGAGUCUUGAUGCUGAUGACUUCUGUGGGGAAAAAGGAGAAGAGGCUGGUGCUAAGAUGAUAGCCCGAGCUCAGAGCAAAACGUCUGAUCACACGACAGGGACUCCCGUGCCUGCACAAAUCUGUCAAGGGCCUGCUGAAGGAGAUAAUGAUGCAAGUCCUUUCGCUGUAAUUGAACCUGCAAUCUGGAGUGAAACUGACAGGGAGGAAGAGAAGAGCUGCAACUCAGGGAGCGCUGCCGCCGGUGUACAAUCACUUCCAUCAGUAAAAGUCUGCACCAUGGAAACCCCUCUCCCCCUCUGCGCCCACGUCCGGCUAUCAAAGGAGGUUUUAACCCUCAACCAGAAUGGAAAGUCAGAUCACCAAAGCCUUACGCAGCAGCGCGAAGAUGGAAAAGAGGACUUAUGUCAGUCAUUCACUGAACCACUGGCUGGUUCUAUCACCACCAACGAAACACACAACAACAGCAGCUGUCACGGGGAAACCGGAGUCAGCCAUGAUACUGUGGGGCAUCAGUUGAAAGAGUCAGAUCGGUCCGGCUGUUUUCAUGUCAGUCCUGAACGAAUGAAGACAAAGGAGGUUGAAUAUUUACAGGCUGAAAUCACCAGAACGGACGGGACAACUGAGAUAAAAGAAAACGGAGGAAUGACAAGUUUUGAAGAAGAAAUAAGAACCGGUGAGCAACCAGAAAACUCCCAGGACACAGAAGAAGCAACGGAAACAUCAUCUGGUAAUUCCAUCAGGCACCGGACCGAAGGCAAAACUAGUAAAUAUGACGACAAACUAACACAUGUGGAUGACGCGUUGAAAAAUAUACUUGGAUUUCUGUCUGAUCACCCCUACAAUGCUGUGAUUUUACCAACGGAAGAAGCAGCGGGUGAAGAGGAAAGAAAAGAAGAGGCAAGUGUGGGUGCAGAACGCGACAUGUACGGUAGCUCGGAGAUAGUUGUGGAACGGGAGAAGGAAGACAUGCCUGAGGAAUGGAUCAGUGAACGGACAGAGGGACACAAUUUAACCCUGGGGAGUCAACGUGAACAAGAACACAAGCUCAGUUGUGUCUCGGACUUUCAACACACAGCUGAGACAUACGUGGUUGAUAAUAGAGAUGACCCUUCGACCUUGACUGCCUUCCCCUUCAACGGACGUCUGCCAGGAGGAAUUGACACGUUCGAAAGGAUCCAACUCUCCCUGGAUGGUGAUGAAGACGGCCUGAGCGAGAGCCUUCUCCUCAGCAGCCUACCUGAGCAGCUGCUGACAUCACCUCAGCAACAGCUCCAUAAGCACGAGGAGGUACCGCAGGAGGAAGAGGAGGAAACAUCUGGUCGUCACCCUGAGAACAAGGCAAAGGGCUUUUCAGGCAUCUAUAGCAUGUGUAAUGAAGUCCCCGACUGGAUCUCAGCAGCAGCAGAAGACAUCGCUCUCGUACGUCCAGAGCAACCGGCAAACUGUGGGAGGACUCACAACUCCCCCGAGUGCUUCCAGGGCGACUUCCAGUCCAGUGUUCCCCCCAGCAGCGAGGGUCCAGCCUCUGACGUAGACGACAGUCUGACCUUUGAGAAGAAAGAGCUGUUCAACAAGGUCUUGAAAGAGCUGAACCUGUUUUUUAGCAUCAGCACAAGUGAUUUCACAAGAGACAGCGGUGCAUCGUCCUCUGAGCAGUGUGUUCGUGUGUCUGGAGCCUCGGAUCGAGACAACUGCAAAGAAGAUCUCAGCAUCGCAAAACUAGGAUGCUAUGGAGACCCAUCGCCAGACUCCGGCCUGGAAAUGUGUGCUGGGGAUCCAGAUGUUUCUCCUACCUGUGAAGGCGAGCAGGAGGUUCCCCUCGGCAGCCAUCUGUGCACCGAGGAGACUCACAAAGAGCCCCCGCAGAGGAAGAGAUGGUCUCCGUCCUUCCCGGGUCCCCCUCUCCUGGAACAACUGGGCUACAGACAGCCGGAGCAGACGAGGCGGCUGGAGCCUCUGCGAACAUGCAACCGGCCCAUCCGGGUCGGACUCUCAAAGAGAGCCAAGACCAAACACCUGCACCCCCCGCCCUGCCGGGGGGCUUCGCUGCCUUAAACAGGACGGAGCGACGAGUGAUGGCUGUUCAUGUGUUGUGUUCUCUGCUUCAUCGCUCUCCAGGCUCCGGUUCCUGCUUCUUUAUUCAGGUUAUACGCUAAUAAGCCAGAUGCUGCUGCCAAGUAAGGAAUCCUGCUCUGUGUCCACAUUGUCCCUGCUCAAAGUAGUAUUCUAGUUUUCAUAUCUUCCCCAAUUUUUAUGCACUGAUCUAUUUAUAUAUUUAUGUAUUUAUUGGCUUUCUUUCAACCCAGAUUAGGGUUGAAAAAAGCACAUAUAUGUUAUUAGGGCAAAACUCAAUUCCUAGUUCUUUGAAUUAGUUGUGACGUGUAAUCGUUUGCUCUCUGCUGUAACGUCUUCUCUGUGCAACGUGUUCCGUGGAACGUCACUGCGAGUUGAAUGUGAAAAUAACCAGUUCCCCAUUCAAUUAAAUACUGUACUUGCAUACAAACGUGUUUUUAAUAUAUAUAUAUACACACACAUGACUCUUUUGGCAACACAUGAAUUAACAUCAAUGAGCUGGUUCCAAAUGAACGUCUCCAGUCGCUGCUCGGGCUCCGAGGCGGUCCGGCUGAGCUCCCAGGUGGACGAUGGACUCAGCUGUUGUGGUAAGUGGUAAGAGAGCUAUUUGGUCUACCUCCUGAAUGGGAACGGGGGGGGAGGUUGGUUGUUUAUCCUCACGUGCGCGGGUGAGACAGAUCCAGGGACAGUAGUGAGGAAAACAACAGGACAGCAGCCAUGUCAGUGAACAAUGGAUCCAUGUUCCCUUCACUGGAAGUCCUCUUUGUAAAAGAGCAGAAUGAAAAUGCAGAAAUGACAUCACACGAUUCUUUUAUCUGUAUAACGACUAAUUAGGACUUCUUCCCCUGCUGGAGCCCCGCAGGGUAUUUUACCAAAGCAAUUUGAGUUUGUUGUAUUCACCGAUGUUUCCCACGACUUUGGAAUAACAUUCGUGUCCCGAUCACGUCUGAGAUUUUUCUGGUGUAUAAUUUAGGUUCAGUGAGCAAGUUGCCUCAGCUGGCAGCCCGAUCAAAGGAAACACAGAGGUAUGGCUUUCCAAAAUAAUUGGAUUCUAGUGGAACACUUUGAAUGUGGCUGCAGCCUUGUGGAUUUGAUUCAUCCCCAGUAGAUAAUGGCUCAGUCACUGUUAGUUCUGCCCUGUGUGUUGGCCUGUUUGAAAUGGACAUUUUUUAACCCCUUUAGCUUAAAGCAUACUUCAUUCAACCAUUGGUGAUCAUUUGUAUUCCACUACAAUUGACAUUACUCUAAACACGCCAUGUUGCGUGUACAUCUGGAACAUGUUUCCUCCAUUUGUUGUCUUACUGCACACGCACAUGCCAGUAAUCUUCCGGGUUUUAGUUACAGCUCACUUGAGGUGCAGUGGAGGGUGUCUCCUAUGCACCAUUCUUACAUAACAGUCGCAUUUUCAAACUAUUCCAACAGCAUUAAAGUUAAUGAGCCAUACUAUUAUUACAAGGACGCCUCUGCUGUGUGUUCUUGUCUGCAUACGUGGGCACAUUUCACAGGAGCUUUUGUGAAUUUUGGAAAUACAGCGACUGCUUCUGCUAAUGUAAGAGCGUCUUGUCUACAAUAGAAUGAAUAAUACAUUAGUUUAAGUCAUUUUCAUGAGAUUGAGUAUUUUUUAUAAGUAUGUAGUCUAUUAUUACCAUAUGCUCGUGAAAUGUUUCUGAUGUCUUCCCAUGCAGUCCUUGUUUGACACAUCUGUAGCGCGGGAUGGAGUUCUGCACUCUGCACGUCUACCGCCCUCCUGCAGGGGGGGUCAGUGCCGGUCUGCCUCAGGGAUCCUAAGCAGAGCCCACGAUGCCUCCAGGAUGCACUCUGUUCGCUAUCGACUUUCUUUACUCAGCCACUUUGUCCAGCAUAUGAUAUGAUCAGUUCAUCCUGGCUGUAAACAUUUCUGGUAGUCGGCCUUGUUGGGACCUUUUGUGUGGAGCAAAUUGCUUUUUGAAAGUUUUGGUUUUUGUUACCUUGUUGGCUACAAAAUAAAAGCCUCCGGCUUUGUUUCAUAUUCACGUCUUUUUGAGAUGCCAAGUAGGCUCCUUGAUGACUGCAGGAGGGACUGAAGCUAAAAGUCUGCCUGUACGUGCUCACUGAUUGGCUACACGCGUUAUACAAAGACUGCUGUGUCCUCACCUUUGCUCCGUCCCACAGUCCCCUGCAGGUGGUCCCGGGGGACAGUGAUGGUGACCAAAGGUUUGACCUCUGCAGGAGAAUUUGUCAAUGCGCUGACCUGAGGUCAGCCGUCUCCGGGCCUGCAGGGUUCGGCUGGUUUGUCACUGAGGGAAUCCUCCAGAAGCAGCCACACGUCCUCAGAAGCAUGUUGAUGUUUUUAGAAUCAACGCACGUCUCGACACAGAGGCUGAUAAACCGCUGUGAAAUACCAGGGAAAAUAGAGACAGUGCUACCGCCACGUUAUAUUAAUACUAUGGAUUGUGAGGUGGGAGACAAAUGUGGUUGAUGACCAGAGAAAGUAUCAACGCACUGAGAACAGAAAAGAGUGGACCGUUCUAAUCUUUGAACAUGUUCAACAGAUCGAUGCGGUUCACACUGUAAUGUGACGUAAUGCAGAGAGUUAAACUGAGAUUUAGAUGUUCCCCUCCUUUUUCCCUCCCUCCUUUUUCCCUCCCUCCUUUUUCCCUCCCUCCUGCCCAGACAGACGACCAGGAGGGAACCGCUGCUGCAAUGCAGCAAAACAAAUUGUGAGAAUCUAUUAAGCUUUUGUGAUUGUCUCCUUGUUUGUCUUUGUGGCUCCGUCGGGGUUCGACAUGAAAGACGCUCCGAGUAGUGGAAGAUAAAAUCAACAUGCAGCGUAUUUUCACUUCAUGUGUCUUUAGUUGGUCAUAAAGGGAUCUGAAGGCCAUCAUUUAAUUGUUCUGGACACCAUUUCAAACCGGUGCGAUGUGACUUCAGCUGCCGUCCACACGAAGGUCGUCCUUUGCUCACGUCGGCCACCUGCAGCGUCCACGAGGGUUGUUGCACAAACAACGCUGAAUGCAAUGCAGACAAAGACGUCUGUGGCUCACUGGACAGGGAAAAUAAAGCGCGAUGUCCUUCACCCUUUCCACAGGGCACAUGGUGAUGGGACUAAUGGACGGCUCCAAAGUGCUUUGGGUUCAGGGUGACAGGUUCAGACUCUCCUUAUUCUUUGUAAAACCGAACACGUUGCAGCUCCAGGACAAUGUUUCACACUGCGUGUCUGCUUGUGAACAUAACUAAACACUAAAAUAAGAGUAAAUUAACCCUAAAAACACAAGUAAACAUUUCAAGCAGUUAAGAAGCCACUAAAAUGACUCAAUAUGUCGCACACAGAGUCGAGGACAUCGAUCGAGGGAGCGUCUCCUGGUAUCCUGGGUCCCGGACUGUGAUCUCUACCAGGUGGUUGCUGGCUUGUUACAAAAUGAGCACAAGCAAUUACUUGGCGCCCACAUUAAGUGGCACCGUUUACCACAUCGUUUAAACCACGAAGGCCGUUGGAGGCAAACAGGCACAACUACUAUUGUACGAGCUGCACAGUGAUUAUUCACUCAGUGGGGCAACACGCUUCCGUCUCCGGGCUGCGUUUCAGCGCGUGAGGGAUGGAUGGAGGGUGAGGCACUGUUCAUCUGAGGUUGUCGUGGUCGGUGGUGAAUAAGAGUAGAUGGCACACGGCCUGUUACCAUGGCAACGAGUCCCACGUUGACGGGCGGAGUGAAAUGAAUUCCAGUUAUUCUCUCGUUUUUAACAUGUAAAUUCCUCUCCCUCGUUUUUCCUCGGCUCCUCUUACUCACAUGUAUAUAUAUAUAAUAAUAAUAUAAUAUUAUAUAAGUGUGUGUGACGCGCUGAUGGCUGAUGAUUCAGGAGGAGAAUUGAUGCUUAUGUUCAGCUAACACGUUGUGUUUAGCCGCUGGAUGCAAUCACUCAGCAGCUCGACUCAACUAUUGUCAUGGAUUAUUUGUUGUGUAAUAAAUAAAACAACAUUUAAAAGUU